ACCAGGGGCCCUCCUACUGUAGCUUUAAACAGGCGGCCUGCUCCUUUUAGGUGACGGGGGACUGUGUAACAUGAGUCGCGAUGAAAACUGUGCGCCUGGUCCGACUGCCAGUGCAGAUGCUGUUCGCCAAAGAGAAAGAGGGGUUGCAUGAUGGAUCCUGUCCCGCUGCUGCUCAUCAUAGUCACAUCUUUGCCGUUCUGCUCGGCAGUCUACGACGGGCCCCUCCAACCGGAGAUCUCCAAUGGUACUUUCCAUCACUUCUUUGUCCCGGACGGGGAUUACGGGGAAACUGAAGACCCUGAGGACUGCCAGAUGCUAUUUAAAUUCUCGGAUGUGUAUCCAUGUGGGGCCUCUGAAGAGAGGGACACCGUGGUGAGGGACGACUUCAUCAUCACCACGCUGCAGGCGGAGGACGCGGCGCGGCUGCUGGAGGGCAUCGGCCGGUCUGUGGCGCACGACCUGGACGGAGAGGACAGCUACGGAAAGUUCCUCCAGCGGGAGGUCUCCCAGAUCGGCGAGGCGUUUUCUAACGUGGACAAGUCUCUGCUGGAGCUGGAGGUGAAGUUUAAACAAAGUCAAGAAACGGAGCUGAGAGAGGAGCAACAGCUGAACGGCUAUGUAAUGAAGCAAGUGAGUGACAUCCGGGGAGCUCUGAGGGAAACUACAGACAUCGCUUUGGGACUGAAAGAUAAACAAGAGCUGCUGUCUCUCAUCAUUCGCAGUCAUGGUACUAGACUGAGCCGCCUGAAGACAGAGUAUCUUAAUGUUGGCUUAUAGUGUUGUUAUUGAGAGAUGCGUGUGUGUGUGUGUGUGUGUGUGUGUGCGCGUGCGUGCGUACGUCCGUGUGUUUGUGUGACCCUCCAGUUCAACAAACAACUGGAAAGUUGCGGCUUAUGAAUUAAUACCUCUGACGUUUGGCUAUCCCCAUUCUUUGGACAUGUCAUUAAAAGGAGCUUUAACACAAACACCAAGACAUUCCAAAGGAAAUGUGAACAUAAAUUAUGUCUGCAUGGAGUCCUGUGUGCCACCAAAAUAAAAGCCCUCCAAGUGGAUUUAUCAGUCUCUGAAUCAAUAUUAUACCUGUAUAUUUUUGUCUGUAUGGUUUAAAUGAUGUUGUUCAUGCCUUAUGUAGGUUAUAACUGAUCAAAUAAAUACUUAUUAUUCAUCUUAUAUCUUAACUUCCCUUUUUACUUUUAAGCAAGACAGUAUGCUUCAGUGUCUCUAACAAUUAAGUAUUUUGAUGUCAAAAGUAGUUAAUGUUGCAUCAUAAUCGUAAGUUUUAUCCUGCAUAUACACAAACUGCCAACAGUGCUGUAUUUAAAAAAAAAAAGCUUGAGGUUCAAUUAAACAGUAAAAAAUAUUUGAUAUCUUAACUUUUGAUUUUCGGCUGUCCUGUCUUUACAUCCUCAUGUUUGUUGUUGGCACCACAAGUGCCAGUCUCAAUUGUCCUGUCUAAGUGGCGCUGGUUAACUGGCGUUUAAAAUCUGUCUUUGCCUCCCUCUUCCAUCUGGAAGUCAUCUACUCGAAUAUGAAGCAUGUUUGUCGGAAGUCCGUCACUGUCUUCGUCAUAUGCUCUUUUGUCUGUUAAGAUCUGUAAAAUGUUUAUAUAUGAAAUGUGUCAAUGUGUUGGAAAUCUGACUGGUUUUGGAUGAUGUCAUUUUGACUAUAAUAGACUCAUAAAUGACAUACAGCUUGUUUAAAUCUC